AUGAGCAUGGCUGAAUCUCCUCCCAUGCCUGCAGCGACCAUUGUUGACAGUCCCAGUGAUACUGGUGAUUCUCUCUCUGCUCUUUUGGAGCAGUUGAAUAUCUCAGAGCCCACUGCAGUUGCAUUGACCAUUGCCCUCCGUGGGUUCAUAAAGGACACUGUCAUUACUACAGUACAUGAAGUCACUGCGGAAGCCACUGCCAACGUGCUGACUGCUCCCAACCAAACACGUAGCAUUGAUGAUCCCGCCGCUACCACAUCCAUCCCACCUAUUGAUGCUACCAUAGCCACUGCACCUGUUGAUACUAACACGGCUGGCCUUCCUGCCGCCAUUGUGUAUACCCAGCUAUAUGGUAGCAUUAGAUAUGAUGUCCCAGCCCCCAGUGCUUCAGGGCCCUAUUAUUGGGUCACCCGCGGUCGCCGUGUCAGUAUCUUUUCUACUUGGCAACAAACUUCCUCGCACAUAAUUGGCGUCAGUCAGGCUUCCUUUUCCAAGGUUCGUUCAAUUGCUGAAGGCAUGCAGUUGAUAGAGAAUGUGAUUGAUUGUGGGGAAACUGAGUGGUUGGUUUGA